AAAUACCUCUCCGCUCCAGGCUCUCUCCUCCUCUUCUGCGUGCUUUUGGUUGGUCUGGAGUUGCUGAAUUCUUCCACAAAAUGUUCUCGAGGCUUGUUCGCGCUCGCUCAGCCGCCCAGCUGGGUCGAUUCCCGUCUUCCCUCGCUCGCCGAUCGGUGACCACCAAUGCUGCUUCGGCGCAUGCUGAUAAUGUCCCAGCUGAAGAUGAUAAACCAUUCACAAUCAAGCUCUCCGAUGAGAGCUUUGAAACAUACGAGCUCGAUCCUCCCCCAUACACGCUAGAAGUAACAAAGAAAGAGCUCAAGCAGAUGUACCGUGAUAUGGUGGCCAUAAGACGCAUGGAGAUGGCCUCUGAUCGUCUAUACAAAGAAAAGAAGAUUCGCGGUUUCUGCCACCUAUCCACCGGCCAGGAAGCCGUCGCCGUCGGCAUCGAGCACGCACUCGAUAGAGAAGACAAAUUGAUCACUGCCUACCGAUGCCACGGCUUCGCGUACAUGCGCGGUGGAACGAUCAAGUCGAUAGUCGGUGAACUGCUUGGUCGCCGUGAGGGUAUUGCCUAUGGCAAGGGCGGAUCUAUGCAUAUGUUUGCGCCAGGUUUCUACGGAGGUAACGGUAUCGUCGGUGCUCAGGUUCCAGUGGGUGCCGGUUUGGCGUUCGCUCAGAAAUACGAGGGCAAGCAGAACACUACAAUCUGCUUGUAUGGCGAUGGAGCAUCCAACCAAGGACAAGUCUUUGAAGCGUUCAACAUGGCGAAGCUAUGGAACCUCCCUGUCAUUUUCGGCUGUGAGAACAACAAAUACGGAAUGGGUACCGCGGCUAACCGUGCUGCUGCCAUGACCGAUUAUUACAAACGUGGCCAAUACAUCCCAGGUUUGAAGAUCAACGGAAUGGACGUCCUUGCCAUCAAGGCCGCCGUCAAGUACGGCCGCGAAUACACUCUCGCUGGACACGGACCCCUCGUCUUCGAAUACGUCACAUACAGAUACGGUGGUCAUUCCAUGUCCGAUCCCGGCACCACGUACCGAACCCGUGAAGAGAUCCAGCGCAUGCGUAGCACCAACGAUCCAAUCGCAGGACUUAAGCACAAGCUGCUGGACUGGAAUGUUACGACCGAAGAGGAGCUGAAGACAAUCGACAAGGAGACCCGCAGCUUUGUUGACUCUGAGGUCGCGGAGGCUGAGAAGAUGCCUGUUCCAGACGCCAAUUCUCGCAUUCUGUUUGAGGACAUCUACGUCCGCGGCAGCGAGCCUCUCUGGAUGCGUGGACGUACGGUCGAAGAGACUUUCUACUAUUAGAACACUUUCUCGCUUUUUCCCUCCCUUCCCACCCUCUUCUCUUGCUGAAAACGUUGUUUUAUAUUUGGGCCCAAACCCUGUAUGACCUACUGCCGGAUACUUUCAUUUCCCUUCCCUUUGGUUUUAUUUUCUCUUUUUUUUUUGCUUGUAAUUUAAGAGCUACAUAAAAUACCACGACGCGAUUGGCCUUUUUCUUAUGUCUUUCUAAAAUCUUUGGCGACGUCGCCGAAACGCUCUUGCAUGCAUGCACUUGAAAGUUGAUGGGAAAGCCAGGUAUCUAUACAACUAUCGUACAAAUACAGAAGUUCGUCUAACAAAUGCCCUUUAUAAAAGUACAUCCAGCAGCUCAGAAACACGGGCGUACAUGAAGGCGGGUAGAUUUAAUCCCGCGGGAAAAAUCAAAACUUUGCUCUUCACUGCUGUCGCAUACAUACUCGGAAAGUGAAAAUCCCAAAACUCCCCCAAAACACUGAUUAUAUAAAAGAACAUAACUCCUCAUAUGUAUGUACUUGGCUGUUUUUCGUUCUUCAUCUUCUUCUCAAGUACCAUGCGAACGCUGCACCUCCAAUCGUCUCGUUGAAUGGAGUGGGAACUUCGGCCAUUCCCGGUCUGGCCACGGGAUGUCGGACGUAAACAGCGGCACAGAUCUUGUGAUUCACCUCCAGGUAUCGCGGGAUAAAGGCGAAGGCGCUCAUGUAGUCGCGUGGGCGCCAGGGAGUGGCGUAUGGUUUUGUGCUGUCGAUGGGGUUUUCGUGGAUUUGGAUGAGGGCUUCUUUGAGGACGUCUAGAUCGGUGUUGGAGAGGGACGUGAAGGUGGAGGCGUCUAGUAGUUGAGAAGGGUUGAGAGAUGCUUCUUUGAGGGCCUUGGUUAGGUUUUCCAUGGAUGCAGAGUCGGUAGAUUUCGUGUUAGCAGGGGAAGAGGCAUCUUCGGAAGGUUGAGGUCGUGCAGUUUCGGAGCUCUCGGUUGUUUCGGAGGCAGAAGCCAGUUCAACGUCCUUGGUUAGGAUGGCCUUGAGUUCGUGGAACUGUGCUUCGAGGUUAUCAGUUAAGACGGUACUGGAACUCGAGCGGGAAAGCACUCGGCGGACUGCGCGCUGGAAGCCGCGUAUCUCUUGUCUACGUUUGGCGGGAAUGUUGUCUUUGCUGUUCGACAUG